AGGGGGAGGGUACUCGGCGUUAUAUAAACAAGUAGCAAGACAAGAUAAUGGACAGAUGGAUGUGAUUAGUCCCAAGACCACGUCGGAAUUUUUUCUUUGUGUUUAUAGAUUAACAGGAAAAGAAGUCAAUCUACGGCCGACACGUUUUCUGGAGAUAUCCAGGAUCCACUCAAGGAUCGGAUAGUAUUUUUGUUGAAGUCAGAACUGAAAGGGGGGGGGGGUGAAGAUCAGUGGUGAGCCACCUGGGUGUUUACCAUUUUGAGGGCUGCUGGCUGGCUAAGCUAUAGUGUUUGCAGUGGCAUGUAGAGCAGUGGAGUCGUGUUUGGUAUGCUAACUUUAUCCCUUAAAAUACAUGGAUUUCUCGGAAUUGUAGGCUUAAAAAAAAGCAUAUAUUUAAGUGAGUGUGUAGAGCCUAGGCUGGGUCUAAGUCAUGUCGAGUAGUUUGUGAUUAUCCCAUCCAAAAAGACUAAAAUUGUCCGUUUUCUUUGACCUGCUCCUUUGACUCAGCUCUCAAUCGAAUUUUAUUUAACCUCCGCUCUCCGCAGAUGACUUGUGGAGAGAUAGAGUCCCCCGUGUCUCCCGUGAGACCCGACCGUUCGGGUUCCCGCUGAUAUGUCGAGCAAGUGGCUAAAAGACUUGUUGCCCUAGAUUUCAUGAGUCCUCCGGGGGGGGGUGGGUGUUGCGAUGCAUUUUGCUGUGGUUCAAAAGUUUGCACGCAACAACGGAGAUAAAUUUGCCUUCCUCAGCCUCUUAUGACUGGAAAAGUGAUGUUUCCGGUGCGUAGAACCAGCUUAGCGUAUUGUGGUUUACUGUUAAUUGUGUUGAUGGCGUACAAUGCUGUGUUGCAGGUCUCCUCUUGUGGUCGAAAAUAGGUGGCCCGGCACUAUUGUUGUUUUGCGACUAAGCGUUUGCAUUGUUCGAAAGUUCUAAGUAGCACAAACUCAAGCUCAUUUGCAUGCGCAUUGUCGUUAUUCUACCUCCUGGCAAGCGACUUUCCCAACAACAACAAUUCGUAUCUGCUUGAGACAAACCCCAGCAAAAGCGAACAAAUUAGUGUGUAGACUUGUUUGUCAGGCUUGGGUGUUACAGAGGGAUCCAUUGAUUGGAAAGUUCACAUCAAUAUACAAUGAGGCCUGUUCCGAGCUCUGUCUUCAGUCGCCAUGACCGCUGCUGCCGCCGCCCUCGUCCUGCAUCCAUCUGGCUGAUCCUGCAUAGCCUGAUUCUGGUGUUGCUCCUUCUGCGAUUCACCCCUUAUUGUCAGGCGGUCCAGGCAGAAAACGUCACAGUCUUGGAAGGUGGUACGGCCCAGAUCUCCUGCCGCCUGCAGAACUAUGACGGAUCGAUUGUGGUCAUCCAGAAUCCUCGCCGGCAGACUCUUUUCUUCAAUGGGACGCGGGCCCUCAAAGACGACCGCUUCCAGAUGGUUCUUUUCACGCAGCGACUGGUGCGCAUCACGUUGACCAACGUGAGCGUAUCCGAUGAGGGCGGUUACUUCUGCCAGCUCUACACCGAUGACACGCACCACCAGGUGGCAACCUUGGCCGUCUUGGUGCCACCCGAGACACCCACCGUGGAGGUGAAGCAGGACGCCAUGGAGGGAGGAGAGGUGGAGCUCAGCUGCGUGUCGCCGCGGAGUAAGCCAGCAGCGACGCUUCGAUGGAUGAGAAACGGACGUGAGAUUCCUGGUGUGGUAUCCCAGCAGGAUAACGGGAAGACCUUCAGCGUCACCAGCACCAUCCAGCUCCCUGUUGAAAGAAAAGACAACGGGGCGGCGUUGAGCUGCGAGGCACUCCACCCGACGCUGGGAAACCAGAAGAGGAUCCGACACUAUCGUCUGGAUGUGUUCUUUGCACCAACCGUGAGGAUUGUCCCUCCCACUGGCAUUUUGCGAGAAGGCGACUCGCUGAGCCUGACCUGCUCCGUCUCUGCCAAUCCUCUGCCCAGGAACAUCCAGUGGUCCAAAAUCAACGACACCUUACCCGAGCGGGCUGAGAUCUCCGGACCCACCUUCCAGAUUUCCCGCCUGAGCCAAUCGCACAACGGCACAUACCUGUGUCAGGCGCAGAACGACUACGGACGAGCUGCCGAUCACUACACCCUGCUGGUCUAUGAUAAUGUGUCAGCCCCUCCCACUCCUACCACCCAUCCAAUCACCACCCAUCCCUCCACCCCAACCCUCCUCCUCCACCUCCCAUCGGACCCGAGAGAUCCCGGCGCAGUGGUGGAGACUCACAGUGCAGUACCGUACGCAGUCAUCGGGGGCGUGCUUGCACUGCUGGUGUUCACGGUCAUCUGCGUCCUCAUCGUCACCAUUUGGUGCUCCGUCCGCCAGAAAGGCUCGUACCGCACCCGAGAGCCCAUUCUUGCUUGGUACUGACCUAAAACAAAAGCUAACUAAUGCAUUAUUUAAACCUGUCAGGCUCCUAUCUUACCCACGAGGCCAGCGGCUUGGAUGAACACGGCGAAGUGCAGGAAGCUUUCCUGAACGGGAACGACGCCAGCCAGGGCAAGAAGGAGUACCUACUGUAGCCCUUUGACCCCUAUGUCCUUCCUUCCUCCUUUUUCCCUCCAAUCCCACCUUACAUACACACAUUUCUACACAACAUGUGAUACUUAUAUAGAAUCUUUAGAGCCGAUCGCCAUUAAUAACUGUGCCAUAAAUGUAAAAAAAAAAAAAAAUUGGGUAUAAUUUCAAAAAGUGCUAUUUUCAAUCCACAGCCAGGGAGCUGUCCAGCAGCUAUCGAUGCUAGAAAACGUUCUCCAAUUGCCAAAAGCAGUCCAUCCAAACGGAGCUCAUCCAUAAUUCCGAGUCUCUGGGAAGUAUUCAUACUUUUAUGAAUAAGCUAACCGGCUUGUUUGACCGUAGCUUAAGUGAUUCCUAUUUCCAUUUCUGGUUUUAUUUCUGACACAUGUGUGGGGGAAAGGUGCUUCUCUUUUCCCUCUUCGUCAUAUCUCAACUGUUUAGCCCUUCCCUUUUUUUGUUGGCUCACUGUAAUGAAGGGAUUAGCGUUGAGCCUCGCCUUUGCCGACAAAGAAGAAAGAAAUAUGACUUGCAGAGACAUUAAAGAAAUGCGUAAUUAUUUUAGAAUGUCAUUAAAGGGGAUAAAAUGGUUUACGUCUUCAUGGGAAGGGCAAAAAAGGGGGGGACCAUUUUUGAAUGCUACACACACACACACACAUAUUCAUUCAUAUGUAAACAUAUUGACAAAGCGAAUAUACAUAUCUCUGAAUUCCUUAUUUGUAUAAAAAAAAAGAACGAGAGCAGUAAAUUAAACUUUUCAGAGAGAAGAAACUGUUUACUAUUGCAUUAUGAAAACUACUAUACUAACACAGAAUAUUAGCCUAUAGAGCAAACUACUGUCCAGUGAUCUUUAAAGAAAAAAACAUUGUAAAAUAAAAAAAAAUGUCUUUAUCAGAAACCUACAAAGGAGUAUUAGGUCCACAAUGAAACAGAAAAAAACAAAAAAAAGGAGAAUAAGCGUGCUUUGUUAUGAGAAAAAAGUUGUAAUAUUUUUUUUAAUUAUUACUUUUAUUUAAAUAGUUUCCACAGGAAAUAAUGUAAAGAUAAUUAAUCAGUUCCAGCAUCAAACUGUCCCCAUUAUAAUGUAUUUUCUUAACUGUACAUUAAACCACAAGUAUAAAGUGAUAACUACUAUGUAAUACAAAAUAAAGCAAAACUACUCACUCGGUCAAUACACAUAAUGAAGUAAUGCUGCCACCAAGUGGUGUAUUGUAAGUAUUGCUAUUAUUAUUGAAGUCUUUUCUUCCAUUUAUUAUCGUCACCAUUGCAUAACCUUCUGUGGUGGCAUCAAAGUUAAUAUUAAUAUAUAUUUCAUGAUGUAAUAGAUGUUCAAAUCGGUGUGUUUAGGUUCCUGUGGAAAUAUUGAAAUUCAGUUAAAAAUGUAACUUUCUUCCCUUAAGAUUUUCCAUUUGGAAAAAUGUAGUUUUUUUUUAAUAUUACGAUUUUAUUCUCAUAUCUUUGCAAGCUUUUCUCUUUUUUUUUUUCUUUUCAAUGUGGCCCUCCUUUGGUAGAAAAGGUCUUAUUGAGUUUUUUUUAUGAAUUAUUCUUGUUUGAACAAAUAUGAUUGUUGUUACUGUUAUUAUUAUUAUUAUUAUUAUUAUUAUUGACGUUGUUAUUAUGACAAUUGUAAAUGUUAAUGAAAUGUACACUUCUCAUGCUUUGUUUUUAAUUCUACUGUAGAGAAGUUGAUGUCUUAUUAUUUUUUUCCACCCCCCCACCCCGAUUUUCCUCUGCCCCCCCCCCCCCCCCCCCCCCCCCCCCCCUCCCCGCCCAACCAAUUCCUUGACUCUCUCUUUCCUCCCUCGUCUUUCACUGUUUAUUUUAGUGUCCAUGUGUCAUUGUUGGUAUAUAGCUAACUAUUUCUUUUUAGGGGAAAGAUACAAAAGCACGACAAAAUAAACAAAAAAAAGAAUCCCAAAAAAAAAGAAAAUCUUGAUUUGUUUUUAUUUGAACCAGAUUUGGCCGCCGAAGACCAGGUCGCCUACGCACUCGCCCUUGACCGCCACCCAACACACAUUGCACCGGACCCUUAUGCUUGCCCCCCCGUAGGUAGAUUCUCCUUCACAUUAAGAGGAGUCAGUUGAGGUGGCUCGGGCAUCUAGUCCGGAUGCUUCCCGGACGCCUCCCUGGUGAGGUGUUCCGGGCAUGCCCAGCCGGGAAAAGGCCCCGGGGGCAGACCUAGGACACGCUGGAGGGACUAUGUCUCACAGCUGGCACUGGGAACGCCUUGGUGUCCUCCCGGUAGAGCUGGAGGAGGUGGCCGGGGACCGGGAAGUCUGGGCUUCCCUACUAAGACUGCUGCCCCCGCGACCCGGACCCGGAUAAGCGGAGGAAAAUGGAUGGAUGGAUGUUUUGGCGUAUUUUGUAUUUUACAGGUGCUGUUUUAUUCCAAUCUGAAAAAAGAGAGCAGGAGAUGGAGCUUGUAUAGUGGAUCUAUAAGGUGGGGAGAUAAAGUCAUAGAAGUCGAGUAAACAAAACAGACGGAAGCCUGGCACAGCUAAUGAAUCAUAAGGCCGGAUCGCGUAAAAAAAAAAAAAAAAAAUGUCUGCGCCAUUAAGGUGCUCGCAAUCAAUACCCGAUUCUGUCAAGAAGCACUCAACAUGUCCAUCUGUGCUCUGGACUAAAUUUGAAAGCGGCCGCGGGUCACCGGGGUGACAGAUCAAUAGCGGGGCCUUCGGUGGUAGGCUGUCAUAAAGAAAGAUUGUCAAGCGGCAAUCAAAGUAAUGGACUGACACGCAGCAUGCGUUUGACACGGGCAACAGCACAGAGGAACACACGUAGAAGACAUGUCUGCCUUAUUAUGACGGAAAGGUGGCCGAUUCUAUCAGGCCUGACGUGAUGGAUGGCGAAUAAAAACUGCAACUUGUUACUUUGUGAUAAGAAAAGAAAACAAGCUGGAAAUGUAUUGAUGCUGUAAUGUGUAUGCCAGGGCAGUAGGUGGCGACCAACCGAAACACGACCGAGUUUUUGCUUGCAGUGCCUCCUUAAAGGCUUAUACUUGAUUUGUAAUAAAUGCGGACUUUGAGGGAAAAGCUAGGUGGCAACUUUAACUUUAAGGUGAUGUGAGUGUGAAUGGUUGUUUGUCUAUAUGUGCCCUGUGAUUGGCUGGCGACCAGUCCAGAGUGUACCCCGACUCUCGCCCGAAGAUAGCUGGGAUAGGCUCCAGCCCUCGUGACCCUUGUGAGGAUAAACGGUAGAAAAUGAACGUUAUUAUUGUUGUCUAUUGUGGGAUUAUUUAAACCUGUAUUAACAGCCUGUUGUAUCGGCGUCAUAAUUACUGACACCUAGUGACCAAAGUAGAGUACUACAUUUAGAAUACACAAUUUUAAAGAAGCUUCAUAAUUCCCUUUUCGUUCAUGUAGUC